AUGUAUGGCGGCGUGCCCGCUCCUCCGUUGAAGGUUCUUCCCGAGUGUGGUACACCAUUUAAGGUUAGGGAAAACUUGCCGACAUUCGCCAAGCCACAUGAUCUUCAUCUGCCAUGGCAUAUAUGGGUUUCUACGAUGCGAGACACUAUCUAUCUGGGCGAAGAACACGAAGGUCCAUCGUUCGCAUGUCAAUGCAGUGCAUCUGUUGAACAUAAUACUAAGGACACCGAUGCAGUUCAUAACGGUUUAACUAUCAAUGCACUCAUGAUUGGAAAACUUUCAAACAGAAAAACACAGAAUAGGUCCAGAUACAAAAACCAUGACAAUAGAUACAUGAUCAUACAUCUUGCCACUACAAAUUAG